AUGAACAAAUGUACUGGAUACUGUCAAUGGGCAACUGAUCAUCCAAAAGGAAAUCAAGUUGGAGGCUACAUCAACUUUGGUCCUCAAGGCUGGGAGGAGACAACCAACUCUGACAACAAAGUGAUUGGAUAUAUCUUGGAGAAGGGUGGUGAGAAUGAUCCUGUACCAAUCGCCACUGAUAUGGAGACCAGUGUCAUGUCCAUCGUCAAUAUGAACCGAACCCAAUUCAAUCUAAACAAGUUGUCCAUCGUAUUCCAACCCUUCUACAAUGUCCACAAGCCCUUCGAUUGCACUAUCCUGUCUUUCAAUCAAACCAUUGUCACUUGUCAGUCAGAGUACACUGUUGGUCGAUACAACAUCACCUUCAAUGAUGGUCUCACAUCAUUCACCUACCAAUCAUAUCAUCCAAAUUUACCCUAUGUAUCAUCGGUGAUACCAAGUUAUAGUGCCCAAGGUAGAUUGACCAUAAAUGGAAAGAACUUUGGACCAGAUAUUACGUAUAUCAACAAUGUAUACUACUCAUCACAAUCAAUCAAAUGUAUUCCACUCACUGCUUUUCUCAAAGAUCGAUCAUUCUCUUGUGAGUUGGCAUCCAGUGUAUUCAAGAAUGAGACCACUGGAAACACAACAACACGUACUCAACUCAUCACCAUAUCAGUUGGACAGGUGCCUCUAACGAUCAGCCGUUUCCCAACUUAUUCUAAAGAAUCCAACACUAUGAUCAUGUUCACCUCCAAUACUGAUGAGUAUAUCUAUACCUAUCUGUCUGAACAUCGUUCAGGAUAUAUAUUGGCGCCAACAACACAAAGUGACAUCAUAAUGAUCCGCAACUUGUUUUACUUUCAGUUGAUCUAUCCAUCAUACCAUGACCAGUCUGCCUAUUACUUCAUCAAUGGACCAUACCCAAGUCAACCAUUCCUCACAGUGACUGGUGGAAUCAAUCAUACCUACAUCCAAGGUAUCAACAACUAUGAUAUCAGUGUGAUCAAUAACAUCAAUGAUCUCAAUGCAUACCUUACUUUGGAUACCAACUCAAUGACAUUCAUCAAUGACACUCCGAUCAUUGGUACUGAAUCAUACUAUGCUGUAAAGUUCGAGUUGGGGACCCAACCUCCAUCGUUCUUCAAUCCCAACCAAAGUUACUAUGCACCAACACAAGGUGGAUGGAUAGUGAUUGAGGUGUCCAAUCUGCAACUUCCAAACUCUGUCUACACCCUGAGGGUUCAAGGAUUGCCUCCAAUCACUCAGCUCAUACCAUUCACUGACAACUCUUCAAUUGGAUUCACUGCCCCAAGUGGUGUUGGCAAAGGAUAUCCGAUAACAGUCAGCGUAGAUGGUAGAUCAACAGCGGAUACAUCGGUAUACCUAUCAUACUAUGGACCAUCAAUCACAUUGAUACAACCAUUCUUUGUUAAUCAAUCGGGUGGAUUGAUUACAUUGUUUGGUCAGAACUUUGGCAACAAUCAAUCAUCGAUCACAUACUCAAUCGAUGGAGUGAUCAAUCUAUCCAACUCAAUCACAAUCCUUAAGCCCCAUGAACAACUGAUUAUAAUGGUACCACCUGGUACCAAUCCAUCACUUGACAUCAUACUCACUGUCGGUGGCCAAGCUACCGAAUCAUACUCAUACCCUCGUCUAAUUGUUGAGUAUGCUUCAUCAGUUGAGAAGGGUGUUGGAGGCAUUGUGACUGUGUUUGGACAUCACUUCUAUAAUGUGAGCCAGAUCACCAUUGGAGGAGUGAUGUGUCUGGGUCCAGUGUUGAUCAACUCAUCACAGGUUACUUGUUCAUUCGAUGGAUCUGCUUCAUCUGAUGGCUCCAACCCUUUGCCAGUGAGAGUAACUGCCAUGGGUAUUUAUUCAGAGUCCUACUCAUUCCUUUACCUGAAUAGGAGUUCAUGUGGCAUGCCUCUUUGCUCAGGUCAUGGACAAUGUGUUGAUGGCAGCUGUCAAUGUAACACAGGCUAUGGUGGAUCAACUUGUCUUACACCAUCAACUCCAUCUAACAACACACCAAGUGUGGAUCCCAACAAUGGUACCAUUGGUGACUUCUCCGUAUUCUUUACUCAUAUCCGUGAACUUGACUCACUUGGCAAUCAAAUAUCAAUAUACCCUACAUCAUUGAUCAAAUGGAACAUCACUACAAACACAUCAACAUUACGCAUGGCUACUGGAAGAUUGAACUCUACAUCCACAGACAUGUCCAACUUUGUGAUCAAUGUUAAAUCAAUCAUAUUCCUUGAGGACACAUCAUAUUGGUUCGCUGGACAGCAGAUGUUGAUGUCAAAGAAUAGCUUCAAGUACCAAGUGGACCUUGCUGGAUGGCCCUUCCAAGGCCGGGCCAACUAUCUACAACUUGUGUACCAACUCCAAUCACCCAACACCAAGGAUGACGAUGAUUGUUCGUCAGAUCAAUCGACCAACACCUACAACGACAAGAACAAUCUCCUCUGGGUACAGAUUGAACUUGGCAACAAGUUAUUCUUAACAAAGUUCUCGGACCGGGUCUACGUUGAUCGCAGGGUGCUGGCCAGCAACACAAUCAUCUUGCCAUAUGAUCCUGCUUUGGCCCAUGGCAAAGACACCAAAUUCAACACUCCAUAUUCAAACAAUAUCCUUGUUGCCAUGGUCUUACCAUUCUUUGAACAGGCCACCAUUGACCCAACAUUCUCAUUAUUAAUCAAUCAACAUGUGUCAUCUGGUCAAUGUGGAACAAAAUCACUCUGGUGGAUUGCACUCAUAGUACUUGGUAUAUUCCUAAUAGUUGGAAUUGGAGGUGGAAUGUACUUUGUACUCAAACGUAAACGUGCAUUUGAAAGGAAACAACGUUUAAGUUUCCAAAUGAUGGAGCAACAGAUGCAACAACAUUGA